ACUUGCUCAAAAUAGAAUACAGAAAUAGAAGAGGCAUUUUUUAACAUAUGGCUGCUACAUAACUGCAAAUGUAAUAAACAAGCUUAUCCCCUUCUCUCCACCCCUUACCGUCCCCCCCCAACCCCCCCGCCCGAAAGCUGAGGUGUGUCACUGCUGAACUGAGGCUGGUGAAGAGACUUGAGCACUCUCUGGGACUCUCAGCUGUGACAGAAGCACUGACACUGUCUACUGAAGCAGGUUCUGAAACACUCAUGUGCGGUGUUUAACAGAUGCUGGGCAGGGCAUCUGCUUGCUGUAGCCAAGUCUGCAGGUAUCUUUAAAUUUCCAAGCCAUGAAUGAAUCCAGGUGGACUGAAUGGAGGAUCCUGAACAUGAGCAGUGGCAUUGUGAAUGUGUCCGAGCGUCACUCCUGCCCACUUGGAUUUGGCCACUACAGUGUGGUGGAUGUCUGCAUCUUCGAGACAGUGGUUAUUGUGUUGCUGACAUUUCUGAUCAUUGCUGGGAAUCUAACAGUUAUCUUUGUCUUUCAUUGUGCUCCACUGUUACAUCAUUAUACUACCAGCUAUUUCAUUCAGACGAUGGCAUAUGCUGAUCUUUUCGUUGGAGUUAGCUGCUUGGUUCCUACUCUGUCACUUCUCCACUACUCCACAGGUGUCCACGAGUCAUUGACUUGCCAGGUUUUUGGAUAUAUCAUCUCAGUUCUAAAAAGUGUUUCUAUGGCAUGUCUUGCUUGCAUCAGUGUGGAUCGUUAUCUUGCAAUAACCAAGCCUCUUUCCUACAAUCAACUGGUCACCCCUUGUCGCUUGAGAAUUUGCAUUAUUUUGAUCUGGAUCUACUCCUGCCUAAUUUUCUUGCCUUCCUUUUUUGGCUGGGGGAAACCUGGUUACCAUGGUGACAUUUUUGAAUGGUGUGCCACCUCUUGGCUCACCAGUGCCUAUUUUACUGGCUUUAUUGUUUGUUUACUUUAUGCUCCUGCUGCCUUUGUUGUCUGCUUCACUUACUUCCACAUUUUCAAAAUUUGCCGUCAGCACACCAAAGAGAUAAAUGACCGAAGAGCCCGAUUCCCUAGUCAUGAGGUAGAUUCUUCCAGAGAGACUGGACACAGCCCUGACCGUCGCUACGCCAUGGUUUUGUUUAGGAUAACCAGUGUAUUUUAUAUGCUGUGGCUCCCCUAUAUAAUUUACUUUCUUCUAGAAAGCUCCCGGGUCUUGGACAAUCCAACUCUGUCCUUCUUAACAACCUGGCUUGCAAUAAGUAAUAGUUUUUGUAACUGUGUAAUAUACAGCCUCUCCAACAGUGUUUUCCGGCUAGGCCUCCGAAGACUGUCUGAGACAAUGUGCACAUCCUGUAUGUGUGUGAAGGAUCAGGAAGCACAAGAACCCAAACCUAGGAAACGGGCUAAUUCUUGCUCCAUUUGAAGAGAGCUACAUAGUAAAUCAAAUGUAAUCUGACAGUGGUUUUGGAUCAUAUUCUAGAUUCAUCUGGAAAUUUGCCAUCAGAGAAAUAUUUACUUGAAUAGUUGACUGUAAAAUGAAGUAUGAGACUAAAGGUUUCUCUUUUUUUUUCUUUUUCAUGGAAGAAACUAAAGGGAAGGAUGUAUAGAGGGUUAGCUCAUGAAAUAAUUAUAGCAUGUGAGUAUUAGUGUGCAGUAAUAGGAAAAAUUAAGCACUGAGAUGAAAAAGAAUAUCUCAAAUCUUCUGCAGGACGUGAGCAAGCCCCUCGGCUCGGCAUUUCUGUCUUUCUGUCUGACUGUACCCUGCCUCUGUCUUUCUCAUUUUGUCUAUGUUUCUCUCACUCUUUGUGGAAGUUAUUACUUACAUAAACUGCCCUUUGUAGAAAAGUGCUACAUAUUAUAUAUGUGGUAAAGUAUAAUCUUUUGCAUCAAAGUGUACCUUUAAUCACACUAAUCUAUAAUCCAUAAGUGAUCUCUUCAUGGAGGAUGCACAGUAAGCAUUGCAUUUUAUUAUUUGCCAAACAACCCCUUUGCUUGUGUUUUUAUAAUCUUCUCUGCAGCACAGUUUUUCUGCUACAAACAAAUAGAAACAGUAUUUUUGUUUCUUCUGGGUAAAAUGACAUUUGUUUUUCCCUGGUUUUCUAACAGUCUCCUGUUUUUUUUUUGUCUCUUUUUCUUGAUCUGCAUCCAUUGGUACCUUACUUUAGAAGUGUCUUAGCUAUUGAAAGAAUCUACUGUAUAGAGCAUCCAUGAUGUUAAAUAAUGUAUUUCUUCCAGCAAAGCAAUCUGGUAGCUUAUUAAAUAUUUUUAAUGGCUUUUGGAAACAUUUUUAUCUGGUUCCUUUUAAAUUAGUUCAUGUGCUUAAAAGUGAUGUCUUUUUUUUGCUAUAGUAAAGCUUUGUUUUUCUUUAAGAAAACUCACUAGUAAUUGUAAUGCAGAUGCAGGAUACUCACCCAGCAGUGAGGUAUUACUCUUAAGGGUACUUAGAAUGCCCUUUUUAAAAAUAAAUAAAUAAAAUAAAACAUGAAUCUUUUUUGUGUUAGGUCUACGAUAGCUUACUGUUGUGUCCACUAGUCAGUCAUUUGUGUGAUAUGCGUUUGCACAUAUUAUAUUUUUCACAGCAAAGAAAAUGUAAAUUAUGUUAUCUGUGCCUAACGUUUUCUUAGCAAAAUAUAUAGAUCAAUGUUGUUUAAGUUGUCAACAUUGGAAAAAGUAUAUACAAAAACUUAUUUUAAGAGAAAAAUACUUUUGUGUAAUUGUUAUUUAGAUAUUUAUAUUAGACAAAGCUGCAUUUUUAGUGCCGCUGAGAAUAUAAUAUACUUAAUUAUCAAAUACAGGUAAGAGCUGACAGUAUUUUCUUUUGUAAUGAUCUGUUUUCAAAUGCAGAGAUUAACUUAUUUUUUUGCGUGCUACAUGGGAUUGUGUGAUAAAUUGUCAGGGGUUUAGAUGUAGCAAAGUAGCAUUUGGGGAAUUAGUGAAGCAGGUAUGAGCAGUAAAACAUCUAAGUAUUACUUUUUUACCAUAAGUUUCUUGCCUGAAAGAUAUUUUAAAAUUUAUAUCAAACUACUGAGUAUUUUUCUUCUCAGCAUUUUUGAUUUCUUUGUUUUAUGAAAUGCAUUUAAUAAAAUGUGCCUAUGACUCUUCAAAUUAGAAGCCAACCAUGUUUGCACCCUGGUGGUUUGGCUUCAAAGGUCUUUUAGUAGAAAUGUUGUCAUUUUAUUGAGGUUGUUCUGAACCCCUGUAUAUUUUUAAACAUGUAAGAAAGAUUUAAAAUAAAGAAUAAUAUUCUAUAUAUCAAAAUGAGACUUCGCCUCAGAUUAAUAAAAUGCUUAGGACAAGAGUUUAGUUUUUUGGGAAUCAAAAUAUAAUUGUUUUAUACUUCUGUAGCUUGGGUUUAUAUUUAUUCUUGUCCCCUGUUUGCCAGUGGCAUCUUGGUUUAAAUGUGCCUUUUAAAUUCAGACCAGUUCAAGGAAAACAGAAAGUUCAAGGAAGUGUACUGCUAACAUUUCAGAUAUCACAUAUAAGACUUCUAAAUUAUACAUAUUAUUUGGGAAUCGUAUUUUUAUUUCUUUAAGGUAUAAAUAUAGUUAGAAAGGACCCAGUGGAUUCUGUGUACAGAAAGCCUGAGGCCAUGCUUACUGUAUUUUCCCCUUCUGGCUUUUCCCCAUAGUAAUUAAUAACAAUUAUAUGCCAGGCUCACUGUUCACUUUUACAUGUGUUAUACCUUAAAUCCUCACUACAGCCUUUUGAGAUAAUAGUUAUUAUUUCCACUCCAGAGAUAAGGAAACGAAAGAAAAAUGAUUAUUCGUCAGUUAACUAGUCAAUGGCAGAGGUUCCCGCCCAUCCAGUAGGCCUGGGCCAAAGCCUGCCUGCUUCACCGGUAGGCUGCACUGCUUUCAUUUCAAAAGCCUUUAAAUUUUUGUACCUCUGUCUGUACCUUUUCCCUACAAUAUUUCUCUGAGUUUUAUUUAUUUUUUUCUCAUCGUAAGUCUUUUGCUUGAGUUCUUUUCUUGUCUUGUGAUAUCUUUUUCUUUGAUCUUAAAAGUUUCUUUUAUUAAAACAGCAAUCUGAUAAGCUCAAACUUACCAGUUUAGUCUGUAAUCAAACUGAAAUUGUUGAUAUUACUUUGGUUUACUUUUGUUAUUUCCCUUGAAUACCUUUUUGAAAUCUCUAUCAAUUUCUUUUUGGAAAAAAAUUGUUUUGAAGAGGAAGAGUGAAAAGAGAGGCUUUAUCAUAGGCUGAAAGAGGCUGAAUGAGGCAAAUUCUAAGUUUAUUUAUUUACUAUAGUAUUUUAUAUACAACUCUAGGACAAACCACUUAACUUCCUUUUGUCAUAUUUUAAUGUGUUUGUAUAAUAAGCUAAUCCUUAUUUUGAAACCUCUCUUUUUAGGUAAUGUGUUUUAAGAAUAGGAAGCAUAACCAUUUUUCUCAUCAUUAUAUUGUAUUUUGUGGUAAUUAUCCAGUUUGGCUAUAAAAGACAGCCAAAAAACAAUGCAUUCUGUAUUCUUUUUCCUAAGUGUUCUAUUAUUUGCAUAGUUGUUUCUAGAGUUAUAGAGUGUUGGAAAGCUUCAUAAUUUACACUAUUAGUAUAUGAAACUUGGGCUGAGAUCCAGGCCCUCAUAAACUGCUUGGCCUUAGGUAAGAUACCAAAUGCUCCAAAACCUUAGUUUUGGCAUUGAUUAAAAAAUCUUAAGUCAGAGACUUGUAGCUCUCUGUUUAGCUGAAUUUGAGGACUAAAUGAAAUUUUGUAGUCUGUGUGCCCAGCAUAGCUCCUGGCACAUAAAAAGUGUUCAGAAUAUGGUAGCUGCUGUUUUUGUUUUGUUUUGUUUGUUUGUUUGUUUGUUUGUUUUGAGGCGGAGUCUUGCUCUGUUGCCCAGGCUGGAGUGCAGUGGCACUAUCUCGGCUCACUGCAAGCUCCACAUCCUGGGUUCAUGUCAUUCUCCUGCCUCAGCCUCCUAAGUAGCUGGGACUACAGGCAGCUGCCACCACGCCUGGCUAAUUUUUUGUAUUUUUAGUAGAGCUGGGGUUUCGCAGAGUUAGUCAGGAUGGUCUUGAUCUCCUGACCUCGUGAUCUGCCUGCCUUGGCCUCCUGAAGUGCUGGGAUUACAGGUGUGAGCCACAGCACCCAGCCGGUAGCUGCUGUUUUGUUAUCUUUGUGGGUGCCAUAUUUAUUAACAUCACAACUUAAAGGUCACUAAUCCCAAUUCAAACAGGAAUAAACCAUUGAGCUUUAGGGUUUUCUAAGAUAGCAUUUCUUUUUGCAAUCUAUUUAAAUUCAAAUUUUGGGGUUAAACUCAGAUAUUUCAAGUAUAUUUCUGAAAGCUCAUUUCCCAGGAAUAGUUAUUCAUGAAGACAUCGUUUGAGAUUAAAGAUAUCCAGCAAGCGGAUGUUGUGAUGAGACAGGCAUGAUUCUGAGGUUAACCUACCUCUUACUUUAUUACACUAAAUAUGCUUAAACAUUUUAUUCUCACUAGGGAAGUAAUAAUAGGAAGGAUUGUCCAGGGAUGUCUUGUCAUUUGUCUUUGCACUUUAAUUUUCCUCAUUUAUUAAAAUGGGAUUUGAAGUAUUUUGUCAUACAUCUAUUUCUUGGGAGAAACAAUGAUUAAUAAGCUGAUUUGCUCCAUAGAUAACAUAAAUUAUGUGAAUUUAAAGAUAAAUGAAGUUGCCUUAAAGGACCUUUCCUCUUUUUCUCCCCACGCUAGAAGGUAAUCAUUAGAUGUGAAAAAGAUACAAUUACAUAAUAAGUAGAUAAAAAAGAUUUAGAUGUGAGAAAUCUGCUGGUAUAACAUUCUGAGCAUAGAUAGCAUCAUGUAUGUGUAGGUAGGGCCAUUUUGGUACAUAGGAGCAUGUAUGUGUUACUCAGUCAGUGCUAUACUCUGACGUGUAGGUUCCAAAAGAUGCUCUUUUCCUUGGGCAGAAAUUAACUUUAUUUUAGAUUAAGAGGGAUAUGUAGAAAGUGGUAAUCCUGUAACCAAAUACAUAGAUAUUGAGGAAAACAAAAUGGCUAGAAUGGAGAAAACAGUUCUUAUUUUAUGAUUUCUCAUAAAUGGAAGUUUGAUUCAGUGCUAGUCUUGCUCUGUAUUUUAAAAUAUUCGUAACUUUUUUCAAUAGUAAAAGUGUUUUUUUAAAAUAUUAACAUGAUGUCAUUAAGGUUUUUCUUCAUGACUAUUUUGUUUUAAUUUUUUACAGUGAGCAUUGGUAAAAAUUUCUUUUAUAAUCAGAAAAAUUAAUAUUUGGUUAAAAAGAAUGCUGAAGGCUGGGCGUGGUGGCUCACACCCGUAAUCCCAGCACUUUGGGAGGCUGAGGUGGGCAGAUCACGAAGUCAGGAGAUCAAAGCCAUCCCGGCCAAAAUGGUGAAAUCCUGUCUCUACUAAAAAUACAAAAAUUAGCUGGGUAUGGUGACAUGCACCUGUAGUCCCAGCCACUCGGGAGGCUGAGGCAGGAGAAUUGCUUGAACCCAGGAGGCGGAGGUUGCAGUGAGCUGAGAUCGCACCACUGCACUCCAGCCUGGUGACAGAGUGAGGCUCCAUUUCAAAAAAAAAAGAAGAAGAAAGCGGAAUAUUUAAAAAAUAUUUUAACAUUUCACAAAACAGCUUAUGUUGAUACUACAAAUAACACUAUCCAAUAAUGUCUCAAUAUUGUCUUAUAAAGAUAGGUUAUAUGGUUUUUCUGAGUUCUGUAAUUUUUGUUAUUUCAGGUAGAUUUUUACGAUAAACUUGACAACCUUCUACUUGCAAUAGUAGAUGUUCUUGACUUAUUUUUGCUUUAAUGUAAACAGUUUGAGGUAUUACUUGAUGAAUCUGAAAUGGAUCUCAAUCACUGUAGGAUUUUUUUUUUUUUUUUUUUAGACAGAGUCUCGCUCUGUUGCCCAGGCUGGAGGGCAGUGGUGCUAUCUCCGCUCACUGCAAGCUCGCCUCCCGGGUUCACGCCAUUCUCCUGUCUCAGCCUCCUGAGUAGCUGAGACUACAGGCGCCCGCCACCACUCCCAGCUAAUUUUUUGUGUUUUUAGUAGAGACUGGGUUCCACCUUAUUAGUCAGGAUGGUCUCGAUCUCCUGACCUCCUCGAGUUCUACCCGCCUCAGCCUUCCAAAGUGCUGGGAUGACAGGCAUGAGCGACCGCCCUGGCCCACUGUAGGAUUUUUAAAUGCAUCAUUCAUGGCACCUUUCUGCAUUUUUCACAUCUUUAAACAACAAAAAGAUGGCCCUGCGUUAGGAAAUAGGCUGCAGCUGGUACGUUACCUGCAUUUCCUACAUAGGCAGAAUUCUCCAAAGAACAUAUUUAUAAUUUUUUAAUGGUAACUUUCAUUCUGCUUUUAUAUAUGACUUUCUACAAAGGUGAAGAAAAUAACAGUAAUAAAUUUAGCAGGAGUCUGUUAUGUCUGAUAAAUAUUUAACAUGAAAGGCACAUAUCACCACCUUCAUUAUAGUAAAUGGAGCCAAAUUAGUUUUUGAGAUUCUAAAAUUCUAAGGUUUAAGGUGAUAAAUAUCAAGAAACGUAGUACAUAAUAGUAGAAUUCAUGAAUGAAAAUAAUUUGCAAAAAUUUGAAAACUUCCAAAAAGGAUACUUUAUACAAAAGAAAUACGUAUCAUUGACUUAAACAUUUGACCCCAGUUUUAUUUUAUUUUCUACUUAAGCAAUUGUAAAUAAGGUUGAUGCCAGUUAAAAAUGGCAAAAUAUGUAUUAUAAAGUCAAUUAUUUUAAUUGCAAGGCACAAACAAGGUACAGAGUUGUAUGACCUGUUCUUUAAAUUUUUUAAUUUAUUUUUGAAUAAAAUGUGGACUGUAGCAAGAGAUGUGCAGUAAUUUUGUCUGAGAUUAUACAUGACACAAAGAAUGUUUAUGUACAUACUCUGUAAAGUAUAGCUUUAAGAUGUUUACUUAUGUUCUUAAUAGAGUUCUAAGUUUAAUAUAAUUAUUAGUAGAUGGCAUAUUUUUAUAGAAAUAACAUCUUCACAAUUAUUCAUUUACUUUUUCAGGAAUUUUAUAAUUAAAAAUGCUAAAUUGGUAAGAAAUUAUUGGAAAACACUGCAAGUUGAAAUUUGGAAACACUUAUAACGCUUUUGAACAUAUAUCAUGCUCUUGACAUUAUAAACGAGGUCUAUUCUAAAAGCUUCUGUGAGUAAACACUAUCUCAUUUCACAUAUAGGAAUCUGAGAUAAGAUUUUUAAGUGACCCUAACAAGAUCAUGUCGUUUGACAAAGAUACUACUGACCACGUGUCUUGUGUGACAAUAAUAUUGCCUGUGAUAAAGUUCUUGAAUAAUGUAUUUGUAGAUGGCUGGUAAUAGAGUGACCUGAUAUUUCUUUCUUGAGAAGAAAAUGAAGACUUAGUUAUUUGAUAUAGAAGAAAUUCUAUGUGAAAUUUUUUCUUUUAAUUUGUGACAUAGGAAAAAUUAUUUUAAAAUUAACUUUAUGUUGGAGGUGUGAUUUUUGAGAUCAUAGAAAUUUUUAAUCAGAUGUAUUAUCAGCCUUGAUCAGUGUUUUAAUAUUUCUUUAAACAGUUUUUUAUCCAUAGAGGGUAAUAAAAAAUUGACCUCUCCUUUUGAAAACACAGCAGUCAUCUACUGAAUAUAUUGAGAUAUGUAGAAUAAAUUGAAACAGUGUUUGCUGUGUAUUCUAAACACUAUAACCUUAAUGAUGAAGACAUCAAAAUCACAUUAUAUUCAUGUACCUACUUUUGGAAAGUACUAAUUUCAUAGUCAUGUACUUUACGUUUUGAAUUUUUUUUUUGUAAUAGAUUUGCAAUGUUGUUGAGUCAUCAUCGGUUGGAUUUUUCUCAAUCAUUAUGAUGGACAAGAUUUUGAUGUUUCAGGCUAUAGUGCUUUUGUAUGUUUGUAAUCUAUAAAAUAUCAGUCGGAAUCAGUGAUUAGUUUGAAUUAGUGAUAUAUUAAAUAAAACCUUUUAAAUAAGUAAUUCAGUUUUAUUUCAAUGAAAUAAAUAUAGUUACAGAAAAAUUAAAGGAACUCAAAUUAGGCAAACACAAAAUUGCCUUGUAAGUGUCCUUAGAGGAAAUCUUUCUUUAAGUCGUUUCUACUGUCUGUAUCAGUUGAAUAAAAAUGAGUUCCACUGAGUUAUUUGAAAAGUUUAUUCUCUUAAAUAUGUAAAAUUUCCAUAACAAUUUAUGCUACUUAUUUAAAGAGUUUGUAGGAUGAAUCAUUGCAAAGUCCAAAUUUGGAUUUAAUCUGAAUUAACCAGAUAUUUUUGCAUUUCAAAUCUAUAAAUUAGGUCAAUAAAUAUUGAUUAUGCUAUGUUAAGGGCAUAAAUUCUGGUUCUAUAAUAGUCCUGGACUCUUAAGAGUAACUCAUUGAAUUGUGUGAAUCCAAUAAGCAGGAAAAUUAAUUUCUAGAAUUUGAGGGAGAGAUUGCAGAAAAGUCAUAGGAACUAUGCAAUACAUUGUAGCAUUAGAGGGAUUAACGCAUUUUAGAAUAUGAAUUGGCUUCAAUAUUUAGCCAUGUGUUUGGAUGCUAUAGUUCUAAAGGAUACCACAGGAUAUUUGAGAAGUUAUUGAAGUGAAAGGAGAGAAAAUGUUCAACGUUCAGAUUAGUACAAAAGUGUUGUGGGGAGAAUACACAAUAACUUUGGAAUGCAGUGUAAGAAAAAGAAAAUAUUCUUUAUGUGGAUUAUAUCUGAUUAGAGUAAAAUCAUCACUUUAGGUAUAAAUUAUAAGCUUUGAGAUUAGGACAAGAAUAUUAACAUGGGUAGAAGUAGCUUGAGGGAUUGCACAUAGGACAUGUUCUACCAACUGCAUCAUCUUUUGUUUUUUUUUUUUUUUUUGAGAUGGAGUCUUGCUUUGUCACCCAGGCUGGAGAGUGAUCACCAGAAUGUCACCCAGGCAGUGGAGUGAUCUUGGCUCACUGCAAUGUCCUCCUCCCAGGUUCAAGUGAUUCUCCUGCCUCAGCCUCCCAAGUAGCUGGGACUACAGGUGUGUGCCACCACGCCUAGCUAAUUUUUGUAUUUGUAGUAGAGACAGGGUUUGACCAUGUUGGCCAGGCUGGUCUCAAACUCCUGAACUCAAGUGAUCCACCUUCCCUGGUCUUCCAGUGAUGGGACUACAGGUGUGAGCCACCAUGCCUUGCUUUAGGCAUCUUCUUAGACCACUUUUUCUAGAGUUGUUUUCCUAAUAUUUGUCUUGUGAUUACAAGUGAAUGUCACUAUAUGCAGGUUAUUAUGACAGGCAGGUUUUAACUUCUCUGUCAGUCAAGUUAAUCAUAUGAUGUAGGCCUAAUAUUUUUUGAAUAAUAGAAUCACUCAUUCUUUCAUUUAAGUAUUUAUCAGUUUGCUAUUGUGUGCCAGGGACUAUUCUUAAUUCUGUGUAAGAUAAGGAGAUUUCUAAGUAAAACAGAUUUUCAGUUCUCCAAGAGCACUUAGACUACAAGGGGCUAUAUGGACUUUAUAUGGAUAACUAUAGGGCAAGAUAGGAGCUGACAAAUUACAGUCCACUGACUAUUGUAGAUAGAAUUUUACUGGACCAUAGCAGCACUCAUUCAUUUAUAUAUUACCCAUGGGUGCUUUUGUGCUACAAUGGUAGAGAGUAGUUGUCAUGGAAAUGUUAUGUUCUACAAAGCCUAAAUAUUUACUUUACAGAAAAAAAUUUUUCAGAAAAAAAUUUACAGAAAAAAAUUUGCUGAUGCCUGGUAUGAGACAUUAUAAUGCCCUUUGUAUGCUACUCACAAUAGAAUGUUGUGCUUUUAUGUUUGGUAAAGGAUCUCGUACGAAGGAGUGAUUUCAACCUGAUUCAGUCAGGCAUCAGGAAAAUUUCUAGCAUAUGAAUAAAAACCUAGAUAUUGAUUCCCCUGUAUGAUUCCAGUGGUUUUUCAACUAUAUACCUGUCUGUAAAUGAAACACAGAUCUACUUUUUCUAAUUAGUUCUUACUAUUAUAUAGUUAAUCUACAUUACUUAUAUUUAGAUUUUUCCUACUCAGGUGAAGUUCUUUGCGUAUCAAACUUAGUGUCUAGUUUCUUUAUUUAACUACUAAUAUAACAUAAUCGUAUUUUACCUUUAAGCAUGGAGUCAGUAAUAAUUAACAUUGGAUGUAGUCUUCAAACUUCAGAAGCAUUUAUUAAACUUCUCAUCAAUAAAUGAUAAUCUCAUAGUCUAAAAGAGUUAAUUUACUUAUAAGUAAGCAUGCCUCUUUUGUAGUACUCCAAUAGGCAGUAAAACAAAAAACUAAAAAACAGAAGAUAUAGCUGUAUAAGAGUUAAAUUUACAUGCAACUCUAAAACAUAUAUGACUUAAGAGAAUUUAUAAUUCAACACCAAUGUAUGACAUUAUUAAUAGGCUCUUGGUAAUAUAUAAGUUAGAAAAUAAAUGGUUAUAGUCAUACACUUAGCUAAGAUGUAUUGCAGUGCUAGGAGUUUUAUGUUUUUUGUCAUUGUCAACUAAUGAAUGAAAAUACAAAGCAAUUUUAAAGAGCCACAAUUUAUAUUUACACAAAAUUAAGCCAUUUUAAAAAUCUUGAUGAUUCAGUUAAUCACAGGUAUUUGAUACAUUAUUUAAUAAUAUUUGCUUUGGCAGUACUAUUGUUUUAAACUAUUAAUAAUCCAUUGGGAAGUUUUGGUUUUCUUCAAGUUUAGUAAAUCAGUAAGAAAAUGAAUAAAUGAUCUUGAUGUUUUUCUUGAAAAUACAGUUCACGGAGUCUGUUAGAAUAAAAGGAAACACUUACACAGUUGUCCCUCAUUAUCUGUGUGGGAUUGGUUCCGGGAUGCCCCAAGGUUACCAAAAUCCACAGAUGCUUAAGUCCCUUUUAUAAAAUCGCAUACUAUAACCUACACACACCCUCCCAUAUACUUUAAAUUAUCUCUGAGUUACUUACAAUAUCUAAUACAAUGUAAAUGCAAUAUAAUUAGUUGUAUUGUUUAGGGAAUAGUGACAAGAAAUGUACAAAUACAUUUCAAGUACAUAUACAAGUCUGUAUGUGUUGAACACAGAUGCGACCAUCCAUUUUUUUCCCCUGAAUAUUUUCAAGCAGUGGUUGGUUGAAUCGAUGGAUGUGAACCCUAUGAAUAUGGAGGACUGACUGUAUAUGCUUUUAUGCUUUCAGUACUGUUUAAAGUCACUGAGAUAGUGGAGCCAUCAUUAGAACCCAUAUAGUCAGAGUGAAUACCUUAAUAAUGUUUAUUGUAUGUUUUCCCAAACAAAUGAAUAGAAUAAUUUUAUGUAAAAUUGUGUAUUAAAAGAUUGUAAAUGGUCAGGUUUCCAUUAGUUUGAUUUUGAGAGAAAGAUUUCAGAGAAUCAUUAGGUCCUUCUGCCUUUUUCAGACCAGUCAGUGGACUGAAGGGUCUUAAGAAAAGACCUCAGGGAUUUCUUAUAGAGAUAAUUUGAGGGACAAGGUAUAUUGUUUCCACUUUUUUAUAUACCCACCAGCUUGCCCUUCCAUAAUUGGCACCUUUUAAUUUCUGACAAUGUUGUAAAAGGAUGAGUUAUAACAAAUCAUUAUUAACUUAUCUCAAAUGUUUCUAAUUCUCAUCCCUUUCACAUAAUUAACUUCCUUUUUUUCUCCUCAUUCAUUUUAGUUAUUUUUAUUUUUAAUUGUCAAACAAAUAGUUGCUCAUAAAGGAAAUUUAGGGAAUGUUUAAAAUGAUAAAAAAGAGACUAAAUUAUGCAUAGUUCUCUACCCAAAUAUAAUUAGGUGGGAUGAUAACGACUGUUGAUUUUGGUUUUCUUUUCUUCCAUUUCCCCCCUAUGGAUUAGGGCUUUUUCUAAAGGAUUUUUAAAUAUGGGUAUUUAAAACUUAAACAUUUUUCCAUAUUAUUGCAUAUUGUUUAUGAACAUUUUUAUAAAUAAGGCUUUUCCACAUUUAGUAUUAUUUUCUUACAAUUUUUAAGGAAGAAAUACUGAAGCAAACAGUAUGAAGGUAUUUUAAGAUUAUUUAUGUAUAUUGCCAAAUUGGUUUCCCAAAGGAGUGAUCCAGUUUAUCUUCACACUAAUAAUGUAUCAAACUAUGAUGAUUCAUUGCAAACUUGCUAGCAGCAAUUCUACAUUAAUAAAUAAAUUAAAGGAAUUUGAUUUUUUACUUAUUUCUUCCCAGCCCCUAUAGGGAAUUUGUUUAGUUCUUUGCAAUUUUUUUUCUUCCCUACACUAAAACAGAUAGAUAGGUAGGUAGGUGGGUAGGUAGGCAGAUGGAUGGAUGGAUGGAUGGAUGAAUUAGGAUGGAUCUGCUGAGCCUCAUUUAAACCAAAUUGUCUCAAAUUCUUUAUUUCAGAAGUCUUUAAGCUCAGAUAAUCUUCUCACUAUUGUUAUCUCACAAUUUACUCUGUGCUACUGCUGCUUUGUUGUUUAAGAACACUGAAUUCUGUCAGUGCUGUUCUCCCAUUAUUACUGCUAUCUUCAGCAUUGUCUAUUUCAUUGUAUCUUGUGUGUGCCACACAGCCACCUAGAUAUUGCGUUUGAGAAAGGUUUCGAAAUUUUUUUCUAUUGUAUUCUUCUGCCUUUGUUGCAGUGAUAAUCUCUACUGGCCUUUCAAGGUAGGGGAGGAUAUGUUCCUAAGCAGAAAAUUUUGAGGCCUGUGUCCUUGAAGAGUUUGUGAACUUCAAGAUUUCAGUAGUUAAGCACUGACCCCAGGCCUGGUAUUGAUACUUAGGAUUUCCCUAACCUGCAGAACCAUGGGAAUAAUAUCCAUAGUGGUAGAGCUGUGGUAAGCAAAUCAGCUUUUACAUUAGAAAAGUCACACCUGGUGUGGUUGUCUAACAAGCAAGCAUGCUUGCAGGUCUGUACUGUUUCUCUUCUUUAUGUCUUUUACAUCUCUCUGGUUCCUCAGAGUGCUUUGUAUAUAGUGGCUACUCAAUUAUUUGUUGAGCCGAGUACAGAGUGCUCUCUGUAUAGUAAGUCAUCUAUUUCUUGAGCCGAAUUGAAUUUAAUUGUCAGAGUUAACAGUAUUUCUUAGGUCUCUUCCAGUAGUUCUUUCACCUCCAGCUCAUUUGAGGGUAUGGUUGGACUGAAGAUUACUUCAAGAUUAUUUUCCCCAGUGCCUUGUAGUUACCAAGUGGGGAAGCUAUGGAAAAGAAUAUUUUAGGAGAGUUGAAUGAUGAUUUAAUAUACCUAUCAUUUAAUAUAGCUUCCCACUUUAAUUGAAUUUUUCCUUCCAAAAUUGACAUUCAGUGGACUUAUAGGCUCUUUUUGAAUAUGCGUCUUAAAGGGGGGUGAAUACACUUUGGGGUAGCUCAGGUUUUUUCCAUAAUGUUUGUUUAUAUUCAGCUGAAAUGAAUAUAUUUUUGGCUUAUUCCCAUUGUGAUUAUAUAGGAAGAAUGAGAAUUUUUGUUUUACCCAAGAACCUUCUGUAUACCUUAGUAAAAGCAUUGUUUCUGUCCAGGCUUCUCUUGGUCUUGAACCAUUCUUGUAAAAUAUGGUUUUGAAGCUCAUCACCAACUUUUCCUUGACUAUGCUCUAAUAAUACUUCUUUUAAUGGUGCUCAGGGCUGAAUAAAAUGUUACGUGUGUGAUAUGACUAGUAACAGAUGAGAGCGAGACUAUCAUUUUCCCUUGGUUUAUAAACUAUUCUGCUAUUUAUUCAGGCCAGAAAUAAAUUACAUAUUUUGGUAGUUAUAGUUUAUCCUUUAAUAUAUCAAGUUUGUUUUCAAUAAAUCUAUACAUCUAUUUUACACCUGCUUAAUUUAUAUUCCUUCUCCAUAUAUGUACAAUGGUUUUUUAAAACAAAUUUUACAUUGUUAUCUCCCUUCAACUUCAUCUUGUUAGAGUUGGCUCAGUUUUUCCAGCAUUUCUGAAACCUUUGUUCCAUUUCUAAUACAGUCAUUAAACUUUUGACUUCUGCAAAUGUGAUAUACAUUUUUUUUCAACUUUUAUUGUAGGUUCAGGGGCUAUAUGUGCAAGUUUAUUACUUGGGGAAAUUUCAAGACACUGAGCUUUGGGGUAGGAAUGAUCUCAUCACCGAGGUAGUGAGCAUAGUACCCAAUAGGUAGUUUUUCAACCCUCAUCCCCUUCCCUCCUCCCUCUAGUGGUCCCCAGUGUCUGUUGUUCCAAUCUUUAUAUUCACAUGUACCAAUGUUUAGCUCUCUCUUAUAAGUGAAAACAUGUGAUGUUUGGUUUUCUGCUCCUGAGUUAAUUUGCUUAGGAUAAUGGCCUCUACCUACAUCUGAGAACAGGAACAGAUGCUUCUCAAAAAUUCUCAAAAGAAGACAUUUAUGCAGCCAACAGACACAUGAAAAAAUGCUCACCAUCACUGGCCAUCAGAGAAAUGCAAAUCAAAACCACAAUGAGAUACCAUCUCACACCAGUUAGAAUGGCAGUCAUUAAAAAGUCAGGAAACAAUAGGUGCUGGAGAGGAUAUGGAGAAACAGGAACACUUUUACACUGUUGGUGGGACUGUAAACUAGUUCAACCAUUGUGGAAGUCAGUGUGGUGAUUCCUCAGGGAUCUAGAACUAGAAAUACCAUUUGACCCAGCCAUCUCAUUACUGGGUAUAUACCCAAAGGACUAUAAAUCAUGCUGCUAUAAAGACACAUGCACACGUAUGUUUAUUGCAGCACUAUUCACAAUAGCAAAGACUUGGAACCAACCCAAAUGUCCAACAAUGAUAGACUGGAUUAAGAAAAUGUGGCACAUAUACACCAUGGAAUACUAUGCAGCCAUAAAAAAUGGUGAGUUCAUGUCCUUUAUAGGGACAUGGAUGAAAUUGGAAAUCAUCAUUCUCAGUAAACUAUCGCAAAAACAAAAAACCAAACACCGCAUGUUCUCACUCAUAGGUGGGAAUUGAACAAUGAGAACACAUGGACACAGGAAGGGGAACAUCACACUCUGGGGACUGUUGUGGGGUGUGGGGAGGGGGAAGGGAUAGCAUUAGGAGAUAUACCUAAUGCUAAAUGACGAGUUAAUGGGUGCAGCACACCAACAUGGCACAUGUAUACAUAUGUAACUAACCUGUACAUUGUGCACAUGUACCCUAAAACUUAAAGUAUAAUAAUAAUAAAAUAAAAAAGAAGACAUAUGUGUGGCCAACAAAGAUAUGAAAAAAAUAACUCAACAUCACUUAGCAUUAGAGAAAUGCAAAUCAAAACCACAAUGAGAUACCAUCUCACACCAGU